AAUUACCGCUCGCAGCAUACUACAUGUGCGGAUGCCAGAUUAGAAUUUGUAUCUGUAUCGCUAGUUUGGCUGCCAUUUUCAGCGGACCGGUGACGUAGCAAAUAAAAUGAAAUUCCAGGCGGUUCCUCACUUGCUAAUUGGCGGGCAAAGGCAAAGCACACAGUUUUGGUUGUUUUCUAUUUUCUAGCCACUAACGCUUGGAAAUCCCUGGCAUGACACACAGCUGAAAACGGUUCGAUGAAAGCGAGAUACCACUGACUAGACCCAACUAGAAUGCCGCAUUUAAAUGGGUUUGUCCUUCGGACCUGUUUUCAGUGAUUGGAAAAGUAAAGAGGCGCAAGUAAAUAACAGCCUCAUUUUCGGCCUAAUCAAUACAGGAACAGAAAUCAAUGCAGCUUAACCAGUUUUUGCAAGCAGGCAGGAGAUCUAUAAUAUCAUAUAACAAAAAUUUGUAAAAUGUUAUCAAGUUAUUUGGUAAAAGUGUAAUUGCGCAGUCACGUUAACGAUGGAAUGUGAGCCAAUCGAAAGUGCCCAUAUAUUCCUAAUCCUUAUCUAAGGCGACCACCGACGGCGCUUAUAAAAGGGGUCGCCCUAGUCCGGAUGGGAAACAAUCGGUGGUUGGACGCCUGCAGAUAUGGCGAGAGCCACAGUAGUGCUGCUUAUUUCUGGCCUGGCCAUGGUCAGUGCCCUCGACUUGGGCCCGGAGUUGAACGGAGGCAUCGAACUGGGUGUAAGGGACUACCAACGCCUGAACAAGCUGCGGCACUUGUCGGAGGACUUCUUUAGCCACUACCAGAACGUAACCUUGGAGGACUUGGUGCCCGAGGGACGGCUGCCCACAGUCCAGGACCUGCAGUGUUAUGCGGAAUUCGCCCAGCUGACCGCCGGUCUGGCCACUGGCAGUCUUUGGGCCUUCAAAAUGAUUGACUCCUGGGGAUCGGUACCGGCCGGUAUCCUGAAGGGCCACCUCAAGGAUCUGGGCCACUACGACGAGUGCGUGGCCAUCGAGCAGACCCUGGAAUCGAGCCACACUCUGCACGGGAAGUACUGCCUGGCCAGUCUGCCCCUGCAGCCAUUGCUUGGCAACUCCACCAUGAUGAAGAUCAGUGUCCAGACGGCCGUUUGCUUUCCCGCCUCCUGCUCAGCCAGCAACAUGGACACUCUGCUGCGGCGGCUGCUCAAGCAACUAGUCGGUCUGGAGCUGAGUAACAACCAAACCCUGGUCGGGGAAAGCUCCUGCAAAACUUCGGAGCGUGAAGCCUACGAUGCUGUAACCAUUUUCACAAUCGUUCUUCUGUCUGUGUUUGGUGGUUUGGUGGCCCUGGCCACUCUCUACGACUAUUUCCUGUGUGAGGAUCAAAAAAAACUGCCCGCCCUUCUGAAGGUUUUUUCUGCGCGUGCCAAUUCUCGGUCGCUAUUCCGCAUCACCACCGAACCCAGUCCCAACGUGAUUGAGUGUCUGCAUGGAAUUCGUGGAAUGUCCCUCAUUUGGGUGUUCUUGGGUCACGACUACGUAAUUGGCAUCACGUCACCCAAUAUAAACACGUACGAUGUGUAUACUUGGGCGAAAACCCCUUUUAUGAACAUCAUCUAUGAGGGCGUGUUCGCAGUGGACAGCUUCUUCUUCAUCAGCGGUAUGCUCGUCGCAAUGGUCGCCCUGCGUUCGAUGGAAAGGGCCAAGGGUAAGCUGAACAUUCCGCUAAUGUACCUUCAUCGCUAUCUGCGCCUCACGCCCAUCCUGGCCGUAUCUAUCCUGGUCUACCUGAAGCUGCUGCCGCUCAUGGGCGACGGUCCGCUGUUCGGCAACUGGAACUUUGAUAGCUACGAUAGCUGCAACGACAACUGGUACUGGACCCUGCUCUACAUUCAGAACUACGCUGCUGAUCAGCAAUGUUUGCUUCACGCCUGGUACCUGGCCAUCGAUAUGCAGCUGUACAUCCUUGCGCCCGCCCUGCUGAUCAUCGUGUACAAGUGGGGCAAGAAGGGUGCCGCGGUGGUCCUGCUGCUUCUGCUGGGACUGGCUGCCUAUCUGUUCGGCACUAUGGUGAUCAAUAACAACUCUUUGAUAUUCUCUGGAGUCGGAGUGGGCCCGGACGGCUACAGAGAGGAUCUGACGGACCUCACCCACAAUAGGGCCUCUGGCUGGCUGGUCGGCUUCCUGUUCGGCUACUUCCUGCACACGAUUCGCGGCAAAGCCAUCAGGCUGAGUCGUCCUGCCGUCUGGCUGGGGUGGCUCACCUGUCUGGCCCUGCUGUUCACCUGCAUCUUCGCCAUGCAUCCGUACGGCAAGGCCAAGUCCCAGACACUGCCCAUCCUCAACGAGGCCUUCUACGUCUCGCUCUCGCGAAUCGCCUGGCCACUGGGCCUCAGUUGGGUGGUCUUUGCCUGCAUGCAAGGAUACGGCGGACUGGCCAACUCCUUCCUCAGCUCGCCGCUGUGGCAGCCCCUGUCGAAGCUCUCCUUCUGCGUCUACAUGGGGCACCUGCUGAUCCUGAACCUCAAUGGUGGGCGCACGCGGGUCAACACCUACUUCUCGAACUACGACCUUAUGCUGCGUUUCUGGCACGACUUUGGUUUUUCGGUCUUGCUCGCCUAUGUCAUGCACAUUUUGAUCGAAGCUCCCUGCGGCGGUUUGGAGAGUCUUAUCCUGCCCAACCGAAGACCAGCUCCCCAGCCAGAGCUGCAGCCUGCUGAAUCCUCCCUGGAGCCGAACCCAUCGCCAGCUGAUGUAGAAAAGCAAGCCCCAGAUCCUGUGAACGGCAGUGCAGCGGCUUCAGCUCCGCAUCUGGAAAGCAAGACUGAAAUAGAAAGCAACACCACUAGUUAAGGCACACCAAGGAAGGCAAAGCGUCUCAAUGAUACCUAAUGAAUCUUUCCUUAUAUUGUCAUCUCCCAAAAGUCUCAGCUAUUUCAACAUAUUAUACGCAAACAUCGUCCGUUGAUUGAUGAUUUUGAACGGACUUGAUUGUACGACUUUAUCCUAAGGCUCCCAAGUGUACAACCGAAAAAAGAGGAAAAAAUAUUUAGCUUCCCUGUUUUUAAAUGUGUUUAAACGUUUCUCAAUUUCAGAAUUACGGAUUUAAUUUUAUUUAAAUCGGACAACGAUAUCAUACUUUAUGCCAGAGGAACGAUCGAAAAAUGUCAGCCGAAAAUUGAAAUGAAUCUA